CAGAAAAGUCUCUUUAAAAACCAACUCAAUAUGGGGUCAAUAACCUGUCUUUUAUAGAAACCGAAAAUGUGGGUUUGUCCCAUCUUCAGCUGGCUCACACUAUACGAGAGGAAGCAAAAAAAAUGGAGGAUUUCAGAGAGAAACAGAAAGAAACCAGAAAAAAGACAGAACACCAAAUGGAUGCCCUACAUAAGCAAAAGGCCACGCAAUACAAGAAAACCAUAGAGUUCAAGAAGACGUAUGAGCAAAAGUGUCGAGAUAAGGAGGAAGCAGAGCAGAACAUGAAUAGAAACGCCACCACAAGCAGUGUUAAACAGCAAGAGAAGCUGUAUUCAAAAACACAGCAAGCCAAGAAUUCAGCUGAAGAAGCAGAUAACAUGUACAAUAGCAACGUGUGCUUGCUGGGGAAGAUCAGGGAAGAUGGCAGAAACGAGUAUGUCAAAAGCAUGUGA